CGACCUUCGUGCCUUUCUGGGCCGCAAUUCCGGCAGAGUAGAUCUCCCAGAAUUCCGCGCGGCGCCGGUCCCUACGCUGUAGCCGCCAUUGAAGAACAGCUGCCAUGGCUCUACGCUACCCCAUGGCCGUGGGCCUCAAUAAAGGCCACAAGGUGACAAAGAACGUGAGCAAACCGAGGCACAGCCGCCGCCGCGGGGUGAGUAUGGGGGUCGGCGAGGGCCUUCCGGGUCGGGUCGAGCCUGCGGGUGAGUGGCCGCCCCGACAGCAUGCGCAGGUGGGGACGCACAUCCGAGCCAAGAGGAAGCGCGAGGAGCUGAGCAACGUGCUGGCCGCCAUGAGGAAAGCAGCGGCCAAGAAGGACUGAGCCCCUCCCCUGUGCACAAUAAACCUCUGCGGGAA